GUGCGGACUGCUGGCUGCUGGGUUACUCCGAGGAGCGCAUCAGGAAGCAAAGUUGCAGCAAUGGAUGCAGGAGAGCCAGGGCAAGAUGAAGGAGUACGACCAGAAGCUACUCAAGGAGAGGCGAGCACGCUGGGCAGACAGGUUGCAGGAGGCGGCAGCAGGAGCAGCGGGUGGUCUACACAAGUUGAGCAAGGCUGCAUCAGUAUGGAGACCGCGUAGGGCAGGCUCCAUGGAGGACUCGGCGGGCCCCAUCGGGGCAGCUGAGUACACCCUCGACGAGUGGAAAGUGGUCUGGAGGGUCGGCGAGCAGAUCCAGAAGGUGGAGCGGCCGUGGGAGCGCGAAGAGCGUGACAAACUCGAGCCCUUCACAGGCCAGGACGUCGACAAGCUUAAGGAGGUAGCGCGCACCUUCAGGAAAAAGACGGGGGUCGGAGUCGACAGGUGGCACCCCUCUAUGCUGCAGGGUGCGUCGGACGAGGCCUACGUCAAGCUGUUGGGCGUCUACGUGGAGGUGGAGCGGACGCUGCGCUGGCCCAUCCACAUGGGUAUUGUGCUAUUCUUCAUGAUCCCGAAGACCUACACCACGGACAGGGUCAUCGGGCUUCUGCCCACCGCCAUCAGGGUGUGGGAGAUUAUGCGAGAGCCGUACAUGGUCGAGUGGGCCAAGAAGAACUAUCGGAGCUGGGAUUGCACGAGCUACGGUAAUGCGGCGGAGGACGCGGCCUGGGAGGUGUUGCUCAGCCACGAGAUGGACGAUGUCGAGGAGCAGAGCGAGGAGACGCAGGCGACGGUCACGGCCGUUUUGGACUUGGUAAAGGCCUUUGAGAAGGUCAGCUUGCACGUGUUGUGGGAAGCGGGAAAGCAGCUCAAGUUCAACACAGGGGUGCUGGCGGUGGUGUGCUCAUACUUCGCCAUGUCCAGGCGCCUCAUCGUAGGGGACUCAGUGUCCAGUGAGACAGAGACGGUCACCACCAUCAUCGCGGGUAGCAAGUUCUCGGUAUGUUUCCUGAAGAUGGUCAUACAACCCACGGUGGAUGGCCUGGUGGUCGAAAGACCGAGGGCGCGCUGGAGGAUGUACGUGGGCGGCCUGUGCUUACGGCUGCGACAGCAGCAUAGGCACAUAGUCACGGAGUUCGGAGAGACGAUUGACAGUUGCUUCCGAGGAUUCGAGAGGCUAGGCCUGAAGUCACUGAAGUUCUCCGUGGGCAGCAAGGGCAAAGGUGCAGUGAUGGCGAGCACCAAGUGGGCGCGGAGGGCUGUGACAGGGCCGAUGCAGGAGCGAGGUAUGCCAGUGGUGAAGGCAUGUCCAUACUUGGGGGUCGACAUCGUCACGCACGGCACGGCGGUGGAGACCAAGAGCGGCAAAAAGGCACGCUGUCAUGAAGGUCAGGAGUCGCAGACCACCAGCUUCGACAGCUACGGCGAGAGGCAGGGAGAUUAUUUCCAGGGGGACGAGGAGCUCGCAGCCUCACCUUGCAGCUGGCAGUGGCGCAGGAGGGUGUGCCCCAUGGACAUCGCGGCGAUGGUGCGCAAGGACGUGCAGGCAACCCUCUGGGAGGGGUGGGCGCAGGCGGAGGAGUUCAAGAGCCUGAGCCCAAUGCCGUUGCUGGCGCCAGCAGUCGCGCAGCUACGAGCACGUGAUUUCCCGAAACAUGCGAGGAAUGCGGCGAAGAAGGUCUUCGUCGGAGGUGCGUGGGCUAUGGAGAAGCUGUGCAGGUGCAACAUCGCACCCGCGGACAUUUGCUUGGCCUGCGGAGAGGCGGUGGGCACCGAGCAUCAUCGGUACUACAAGUGCCAUGCGCUUAGGAGCCAGAGGUUGCAGGCGCAGGCGGACUGGCAGCACGUGGCGGAGCAGCAGGACGCCAACAUGCUGUGGACGCGCGGGCUGGUGAGGUCGCCAGAGGCGGACUGGAAGUUUGUGGGAAUCGAGGAGGACCAGUACUACGGACAAGUGGUCGACGGUGAGGAGGACUACUUCGCAGGCGACAUCGUUUGCGACGGCCCGAAGCUCGGAUACAGCGACUGGGCGCAGACGGGCUGGGCAGCGAUGUCCCUCAACGACAGCGGCGCCGCGAAGAUGCAGAUGUGGGGUCCGCUGCCGUGCUCGCUACCGAUCCACAGGAGUGUUAAGAAAGCCGAGAUGCGGGCCUUCCUCAAGGUGCUGGAACGGAUGCUGCCGCCAGGGCACGUCUACACGGACCACAGAGGCAUCGUGGAAGGCUUGCAGAGAGGAGAGCGGUGGUGCACGAGCUGGAAGCGCCCACAUGCAGACCUGUGGCGAAGGAUCUGGCAUAAGGUGAAGGACCUGGACCUGGACAUUCAUUGCGUGAAGCACGUAAAGGCCCACAGGUCCAAGAGCAGGAUCGGGCAGCUCGAGGGCGAGGACCUGGCGAUUGCGAAGGGCAACGGCGAGGUGGACCUGCUGGCAAAGCACCAAGCGCUGGAGGACCUUGCAGGGCGAGUACGUUGGGCGCUGCAGAACAUUGGUUGGUGGUACCAAAAGAUGGGCGGCACGUGGCCAGACGUGCCGCCCAAAGAGAAAGGUGUGCCGAGGCGAAGAGUGCCGAAGCCGAUGCUGACCCUGACCGAGCACGACGUUGUGGAGAAGGGAGGCUGGCAGGUGUGCAUGAGGUGUGGCUUUCGUGCGGCGUCCAAGAGGAUGCGCCUGCAGAUGUGGCAGGCGGAAUGCGUGCGACCACUCUGGCAGGCAACAGGCGCGCGCAGCGCGGGGGCAGGCAGCUCGCUGGAGGCCAGCGACGACGCGAAGAGGAAGAAGCGGGGCAGGAUUCUGGCGGGUAAGAACCCGCAGAAUGGCAAGCCGAUGGAGCAGGGCGCCGAGCAGCUCCAGAAGCUGCAGAGGGGGGCGUUCAACUAUGUGAGCAUCGUGAACGUGAAGUCCGAGCUGGAGGGCAACCAGCUGGACCAGGCCAAUCAGGCCUGA